UAAAUCGAAACUGAGCUGUGUUUAUAAAGUCACGAAUGCACUGAGCUCUUAGGAGAUGACUGGCAGCCUGUGAGGGAGAGCUUGGCCAGGCCAGCGAAGCACAGCUUCUGUCGGGAUGGUCCCAAGCUGCUAAGUGCUCCUCGGCCAGAGUACACACUUUUCCUUGGCGAUCUGUCACUUCAAGAGCUGAUCCCAUGCAUGUCUAUAGCAUGGAGCGCUUUGGGACUAACCCUCUGUCCCAGAGCAGCACUAGCUGCCUCUCUGAGGACUCGCAGGAUGGGAAUAUACUAAUGGUUGGAGCGAAUUCUUUGGAAGAAAAGAAGCUGAAAAGACGUCAAAAGAAUCGUGCAGCUGCCCAGAGGAGCCGACAGAAGCACACGGAGAAGGCAGAUGAGCUCCAUCAGCAACACGAGCAGCUGGAGCAGAAUAACACAGCCCUGAAGAAGGAGAUUGAGGCCCUGAAGGAGGAGUUGAUGUACUGGAAUCAAAUGCUCAAGGACCACGAAUCCACCUGCCCAGACAUGCUGACUCCCUCCUUGCCAACACAGACCCCCCUUCUGCACUGGCUGGACCGGGGGAUACAGUGACCCUGGCUACUCCUUGGGAGUCCUAAGUUAAGGAGGGCUGUUAAACUGUGAGAGAAGAGCUGCUGCACUGGAUCAGAUCCAUGCACCCAUCCAGCCCGGUAUCUCUCCCUCCCUGCUGCCCUGGCUCAGGCCCACAGCCCAUGUAAUUCCAUCUUUGACAUCAGCCAGAGCAGAUGCUUGAAAGGACAGCACCAAACGUAAUCUGGGAGGUGGGCUGGUGAGUGGACGCAGCUUUGCUUCCUUCCAGGCAGCAGAUCUCUCCACAACAGGUCAUGGUUAGAUGGGGAAUUCCUAACCAAUCCACGAGGUAACCCAGAAUGGGAACAUGCACAGACAGAACCCAGCACAAUAUGGGGAGCAGAAGACCCUGUCGGAUGCUGUCUAACACUAAAGCCAAAACAGAUCAGUGGCACGUGAGGAGACUAAUAAAAUUCACACUCCCAACCUCCAGCCAACACCUGACCUUGCUCUAUCCAGCCUGGUCUCCCCACCCUGCUACAUGGACCUGGGGACACCAAUCAGCUAGGAUUCCCUAGCGCUAGGCCCUAUCCAUUGAGCCCUCAGUGCAGCCCUGGUGCAUUAUGGCGUCCAGGCUUUUUCCCUAGCCUGAAGCACAGGGUGAAUUUCACCCUAAGGAGCCAUUACCAAGCUGCUGUCUGGGAAACAGUUUGUACUGAAAUGGACUGUUAUUUUCCUGGGUUCUUUGCUAACUGGGUGCCAUGUUUAAUGAGACAAUGGUGAACUUCUGACAUUUCUGUAAAUGUCUGUUCUGUGUAACAGAGACACUGUGAUUCUGCAGGAGAGUCUAUUGGCUUGGAGUUUGUGUCUGCACAGGUGUAAACCUUAAAUUAAACUGGGUUUAUUCUCUUGUAUGAGGGAGUUCAGUUUUUGAGGCAGAGGCGCCCUUAUUAGAUUGAUAUAUUAUGAGCCAGGCCCCCAUUAUGGUGUACACAUUAGCCAUAUAGUCAGAUUCCAGGAAUGUCACUCUCACAGUAAGGCCAGAAGAGACCACGCUGAUUAUCUAGUCUGACCUUGGACACAGUGCAGGCCACAGAAACUCCCCCACCCACUCCUGUGGUAGACCCAUAACCUCUGGCUGAGUUACUGAAAUCCUCAAAUCAUGAUUUAAAGAGUUCAAGGUACAGAGACUCCACCCUUGACACUAGCUUAAACCUACCUGUGAGAGAUGCCCUGGACUGCAGAGGAAGGCAAAACCUCCCCAGACUCUCUGAAGACUAUGAUAGCUGUAGAAUGUGUGUGAAACAAUGGAAACAGCUACAAGCAGGGUUGAGGGCUCUUUUUGUUCAGCAUGGCACCAGGUUGGGUGAGUCAUGAUGGGCUUUGCCAUGUGGUACCAUCCAGUUUUUAACGAGUGCCCCCUUGUGAUGCUGUCACAGAAUGUGGAGGAGUCAGGGCCCCACACCCCCCACUUCCUGCGAUUCACCGUGACUCUCAGCCAG